AUGGGUUCUGAAUUACUUAAUUUAACAAAAUUUUUGGAUGAUGAAAAAAAAGAUAAUCUUGUUGUUUAUGAAUUAGAAUUUAAUAAAAUUGAUAAUCCAAAUGAAAAACUUCGUAUUCAUGCUAAAUCACAAGGACGAUGUGCAUGUCGAUUAUGGUUAAUUUUAUUUUUAGUGAAUUUUGCCAUAAUUACUCUCUUUAUAUUUUUACUUCUCUUAUUAUUAAUUGAAGUUGGCCCUGCGCCUCCAUAUCAAACCUAUGGUAAACAAUGUGCUGUUGGUAUAUGUGAUUCAACAAAAGGAUUAGAAUGUCGAGAAAAUAGUGGAUCUAAGAUAUGUCAAUGUCCAUCAGACAAUUGGUUUUGGUAUAAUAAUGCUAAAUGUCGUGAAUGUCCAUCAAAUUGGAUUGUUAGUAAUAAUGGUACUGGUUGUUAUUUUGUAUCAUCUAUACAAUUAAAUUUUGUUGACGCUAAUCUAUGGUGUAUGAAAAGUCAAGGUCGUCUUAUUGAAAUUUCAAAUCAAAAUAUUUUUCUAACAUUACAAUUAAUACAAGAUUUUCAUUUUAAUUUAAAUUAUUUUUAUUGGAUUGGUUUACGUGAAAUUGGUCCAAAUAAAAAUAUUUAUCGUUGGAUCACAUCCCAAACACUAUUUUCUAAUUCGAAUUAUUUUUGUGCAGGUCAACCAUUACAUACAUAUAAUUAUUAUUUUCAAGAAUAUGAUCAAUGUAUUGGUUUAUAUAUUCAAUCAAAUACAUCAUCAUGUUUACGUGAUUCAACUUGUGACAAUGUAUCCCCAUUUAUAUGUGAAUUAUGUUCGUAUAUGAUAUAA